AUGAGCAGCUUCUCGCUGGCAGGCAAAGGCCUGAAACUGGAUACAAAGGAGGAUAUUCAGAAACACAUUCAACCACUUAGCGACAACGACAAGAUAACAAGUAUAGAUCUCAGUGGCAAUACCCUGGGUGUAGGAGCUUGCGAAGCACUGGCUCCUGUGCUCAAGUCUAAGUCAACCCUAGAAUUCGCAGACCUACACGAUAUAUUUACCCAAAGAUUAGUCGACGAGAUUCCGCCUGCCCUCGAUUACCUAUUGACAGCUUUACUCGAGUGUCCGAACCUUCAUACGAUCGACCUGAGUGACAAUGCAUUCGGACUCAAGACAAAGGACCCCCUCGUCGACUUCCUCAGCAAGCACACUCCUCUACGACACCUAAUACUGAACAACAAUGGCAUGGGCCCAAUUGCUGGCACGAGUAUAGCAGAGGCAUUGACACAGCUAGCAAAGCGAAAGGAAGAAGUUCGGCGCUCAGGCAAAGAGGUUCCAGACCUAGAGAGUAUUGUGUGUGGUCGAAACAGACUCGAGAAUGGCAGCAUGGAAGCCUGGGCACAAGCAUACUCUGCUCACAAUAAGAUGAAGAGUGUGAAGAUGACGCAGAAUGGUAUACGGCCAGAAGGCAUCGUCGAGCUGAUUAAGAACGGUCUAUCGAAGUGCAAGAGCUUGGAAGUCUUUGACCUGCAGGACAACACCUUCACAUUCAGAGGUGCAACCGCUCUGGCUUCUGCAAUUCAGAAAUGGCCACAAUUGAAAGAGCUUGGUGUUGGUGACGAUCUGCUGGGUGGACGUGGCUCGAUCAAGGUCUUUGAAGUUCUUGCCAAAGGUCAAAACAAGAACGUCGAAGUACUUAGACUCGACUUCAACGAUAUCACUCCUGCUGGCGUUGCUUCACUGCUCACCGCCGCACAAGAUGGUCUACCUAGCUUACGAAGAGUUGAGAUCAAUGGCAACAAGUUCGAAGAGGACGACGCAUCUAUUGAGAAGCUCUCUGCUCUGCUGGAAGAGCGAAAGGACGAGAAGGGCACAGACAAUGACCCAGAAGAUCACUGGGGUAUCGGCGAAUUAGACGAACUGGAAGGUGAAGCAGAAGAUGACGAGGAAGAAGAUGAAGAAGAUCUUGCCGACGAAGAUGAAGAGGAAGAAGAGAAGAACGCCGAACAAGUACACAAGCGAGCUGUGGGAGUAGAGACCUUAAAAGCUGAUGAAAAGGCCGAAAAUGCAGACGUGGGUCAAAAGAAAGAUAAGGAUGUGGACGAUCUGGCUGAUCUCUUGGACAAAACAAAGGUAUAG